AUUUAAAGGGCUACUGCACUAAAAUAUAAUGCAGAUAUGAAUCACAUCUGUAUCAUAAAAAUGCAUCUGAAGGAAUCUUCCUUUGAUUUUACGUCCAAGUGAAUGCAGAGGAUGACGGCGAGUGAACGGGGCGGUGCUGAUGAAGACCAUAAGACAGACAGAGACAAGAGACCCUGAACUGAAGGACAGAUGGCUAGAGGUCUAGGAUAUUAAACCCAUCUCCUGCGGACACACUAUGACCUUCGUCAUGUGAAUAUAGAGGAAACAACUAGCCUCGUUAUCAUUCUCAACGUAAUUACAGACAAAACAGGAAACCAUUACGCGAUUUGCAUCUGUACGUCCAAUAUAACAUCAGCACAGUGGCAUCAUACAUGUUACAGUCACAUCUGUGGUAGAGGAAAGCCUUUUACUGGUACACUUUGUUUAUUUUGUGUGUGUGUCAUUUAUUCAAACGAAGCUCCAUCCUCCAUUGCGACAUAAAGGUAGGUGCUGAUGCUGAGAUUUUAACAUCUGUGCGUGAUUAUCUGUUAGCAAAUACAUUUGAGGAAAGAUCAGUGGAAUGCGGAUCGAUUGAUAGCAUUGAGAAUCUGUUUAAAAUGCCAAUCUAAAAGCUUGCAUUGCAGCUGACCGAAUAGGAACGACAACUUGAUUUUAUUUACUGUCAUAUAACACGUGCUCGGACGUUUACGAUUCAUUGUAAAGACCGUUCCAGUUGUGCAGACCGCUGUAAGAAAACAUGGACAGCUAUGAGGAUUUCUGCGCACGCAUUCUGUCACAACUGCAGUCGGAAAUGAUGCAUGAGAUGAGCUGCAGUACCGCACCUGAGCGAGGGGUGGCGCACUCUCUCAUCCGCCUUCAUGGCAGGCCACUUCUGUCUCCGGUGCUAAGUGAGAAACAAAGAAGGGAGAUGGUUGAAUACAGGAAAAGAGCGUCACUAAUGGAGGCAGACAGACAGAUUCAUUAUAAUAAUAACUUCCGCAAUCAGAUUCAGGCCAUUCUUUGGACCAAUAAGGCACCAAAAAUAUUGGACGUACCAAAGCCUUCAGAGCAGUGCUCGUCUCCCUCUCCAAAAUUAGACUGCAGGAAUGCUCCUACAGAUACUGCACAUCUUACACCCACUGGGCCUUACAUUGUAUCUAAUAAGCCAUCAGUGACCCCACCAGCCGAGCUCCCGGGACUUAUGAGAGGAAAAGAGAAGGAAACUGAACCAGAAGGAGUUUCCCUGCAGAACCUACUGAAGAAAUCACGGGAAUUCAUUGAAAAAGAACAAGGUAAACCGGGAUCAAAGGUCAUCGGCACCAAAAUCCCGUUUGAUAAAGAAAACGGCACUUCUCCGGACGCAACUGCGUCUGGUUUACCCUGUCAUAGUCCCUCGCCUAAUCGGACCUCUCCUAAUAACCCAAUAAGUCCAGAAUCUGGUCUAAAUGGCCGUUUAAGACCCCAUCGCGGGCGUCCUCGUCCCAUUUCUGCUGGCAACAUCUUCUUCUCUUUCCCUGACGACCCCAACCAACUGAACACUACAGCCAAUGCAAGGCCACAGGAAGUAAACACAAUUGCGAGUACGGGUCGAUAUGAUGACCACCCCAGGUUGAACGAGACCAUCGGAAGAUUGGAGCCCACGAGCCCUCUGUUUCGAAGGAGAUGCCACACGCUGGACAGUCACCUGUCCUCCGGCCAUCAGAGUCCGCUCAUAGACCGGAGCCAGGAGAGAAUGCCUCGGUUUAUGGCCGGGGUCACUGCGAGAACGCACACUCGACUGUCUCCUCCGUCACCAAUGAGCAAGACUUUCACACGGGACAGUCCCACAGCUGCACUUAUGGGCUCUGGAAUAUCCCCUGACUCUCCUUCUCAUGCCAAAGUAUCAUUUGAGGGAGACAGUGUCAUUAGCACCGCGUUGCAAGAAAGGAGAGCAGAUGAGAUGCAAUGGCAGGUCCACGCUCUAGAAGACAUGCAGCGGUCUCUGGAGGAUGACUAUGCUUUCAGAUUAUCGUGUCUGGUGGCAGAACAAGAGAGAGACCAACAGCAUCACAGUCAGGAGUCGGAGGAGCGGGUCAGGAGACUGAGGGGUCAGGGUGGUCUGAGUCCUGUAGCGGGCGAGGACGGGUGUGAACGUUACCCUAUACUGAGCCCCAUCAUGUGCCCUUUAAGCCCUGGAGAAAGAUCACCAAGACACCCUGUGCCAGUCAUCGAAGAAAUAAAAUCAUAUUUAGAACAAUAUGAUGAAAUGAUGUCAUUUUGGGGUUUAGAUGUGGCAUCAUCACCCUCAAUACAGACUUCCAUAUAUACGAGAGGGAAGAGCAGAAACAGGCUGAGUCAGGUUAUAACAGUGGGGCAGCAGAGGGCGCUGUGUCGCCUCACUGCGAUCGUGAAGGGCUUUCUGACCAGGCGACUGCUCACAACUGAGAAAGUCAAACACCUCCGUCAAACCGUGCUAGACACGCAGGAGUUCAUUCGUUCUUUCAGCAAUAAUGCCGCUCAGAGAAACGACCAACUGUCAGAGCAAGACCUGUCUCUGCAAGAGCGCGUCAGAGCCCAGUUACGUGCGGCCUUGUUUGACAUUCAUGAUAUCUUCUUCACUAUGACACUAGAGGAGCGUUUGUUUCUGCUGCAGCAAGACCGAGAGCUGAGAGCUGAGAGGAAACUCAGAGAGAUGGAAAAAGCAAAAAGCCCCAAGGUGAUUUUGUCUGCUGCAACCCAGAAAUCUCUUGAGAGGAAGAAAAGAGUUGGUGAAUCUCCAGGUCAGACCAGACGAGCUCAGAAAACCAAGAGUCCCCCUACAAAAAGGAUCCUGCAGCCCAGUCAGGGCCAGAACGCUCCAGUUUCAGGCCAGCAGUUCCUGCGCCGUGGGAGUUACAAGAAGACUCCAGAGGAGAGAGUCCAGCGUUCGGAGAGGCUGAAGAAACAGCAUUCGCUGGGUUGAUCUGGACAUGAAAAAUAAUAUUGGGCUAAUCAUAGAUAUACAUUGAAAGAUACUCUCCUGCUCGCCAUCUCAUUGAAUCCUGAUUAUAGAUAUUUAUUUCCUCCCGUUAUUCAACAAUUGCAUAUUAAGGCCCGUUCACAUCAAUGAUGAUAACUAUAAUGAUAAAGUUGUAAAAAUUGGUCUAAAUAUUAAUAAUAGCAGAAAUCACGCCUGUAACGACAACGGCAAAGAGAAAGAUAUUGUUGGAAUCACUUUCAGAAAGCAUCUUUUCCCAGAUGAUGAACGAUAAAACAUUGACAGACAAUUCUGAAUCCUUCUUAAAGUGGCAGAUGUGGCAGAUAGUUAUCGUAAUUGGUAUCACUGUGAACAGGCUUUUAGUCCAGAUAUUAUUUAGAGGUUCAUAUAGGAUACAUAAAUGAAUGAAUUAUUACAAAUUCAGUUUUGAGAUGCCUUAAACAUAAAGGUGGGAUCUUCCUAUAUAGAAGCCGGCACUGAUAAAGAGAAAUGUCAAUGCUGCUUUAAUGAUAUUAAUAUAUAUAUAUAAUAUAUACAGUAUAUCUAUGUCAACAAUACUUAUAGAAUGUCAGUAGAAGAAUAAGAAAAGGGUGAAGAUGCUCUUCACCAGAAAUGAUUGUAUUUGACCAGCGAACACUACAAAUUAAUGUGAACUAAUGUGGUAUAACCAUAAUACUUUACUACUUAAAAAUACAAUAAUACCGAUUGUUUAUAUAAUUGUUUAUGCAUUAGCUCUUGACUUGUAUGCUUAAGAAGUACUCAACACAUCUGCUAACACAAAUGUGAAAUAAAAAUCACUUUAUUUAAUAAAUCAAUAAAGAUGUCAAUAUCAAAUAGAAAG